AUGACUACUACCUCCGAUACAAGGCAAUGUUAUUUCCCAAAGGGCAAUAAAGCUCCUAAUAAUGUUCCUUGUAAAUCCGACACGAACACCCACUGCUGCGGGAAGACUGACAUCUGUCUCGACAACGGGCUGUGUCUGAACACUGGCCACCAGCCAUACGUGCUAUCCCGGGGAUCCUGCACGAAUGAGAAAUGGAAUGGGUGUAGCCCGAUAUGCAAGAAUGCCACACCCUCGAAGGGCGCCUCGAUUAUCAACCUCGGCUUUUCAUCUGGUUCCGCGACAUACUGCUGCGGCAGCCCGGUAACCAACGGAUCUAAUGUGGUCUGUCCCAGCGACGAAUCGGACAAUGGCAGCAAUGUCCCAUUCACCAUCCAAGAUGGAGUCCCACUGGGUGCGAUCGCCGUGCUGUUGUUUAUCUGGGCGCUUUUGGAGCGGAGGAGGGCAAACCGGGCCAUGCAACCGAUGCACACCGUGGCCAUGAACGGCGGUAGCGGUGCGUUUGAACAUGCUGGCGCCGGUCCGUAUAUGAACAUCACGGACACCAGUGGGCCGCCGCCGGUAGAGUUGGACUACUCUCAGCCGCUCCCUGAGUUGAUGGGUGGAAAUAAAAGGUAA